AUGAGAAAUAUUAGCGCCUUGAUGGUUUUAGCAUCAAUUUUUGCCUUGAAUGGUGCCUAUCAGGUUUCAAACGGCAUUAACCGAACGGACGAUGCAUAUUCUAAGAUCGUUCCCCGAUUUCUGUGGAACAUGAAGCGCGGAGACAACCAGGAGAGCCACCGAAACACACAGCCUAUCAUAAUUGUGCAGCAGCCCAGCUGGAAAGCGGAUCGCGACUCGGACAGACACCACUUCCACCAAAGCCCGUACAACACCCCCUACUAUCAUCACUACCCGCAACCGCCCAGCCGUCCGCCACCACAGUUCCCCGGAAUGGAAUACCUGAACAGUGCCGGAAGCGGACCAACCUACCUGAUCAUCAAUCCUAACAACAUGCAGGGAAUUUACCUGCCCGCAAGCAAUUCCAACAGCUCAAACUCUACCAGCUCGCGUCGUAGCGCCUUCGUGCCCUCGAUCGCUGAUUUGCUGCAAGGCCUCAACCUGGAAGAUCUAUCGGACGGAAUCGUAUUUCAGGAUGAUACCGAAGUGGUUAAUGCUGCAAAAGAUGAGACUACGGCGGUCCCCAGCUCUGAGGUACCGAUCCCCCCGGCUGAUGACGAUCACCAGGAGAAUAUAAUCAGCGAGAACGAGGUCGAGGCCCUCGAGCGCCAAACACUCCAGGGCCCAGGUAAAAAGCACAUGGUCUCGAUCCUGAUGCAGGACAAACGCCGUAAGCGCUUCCAGGAGUUUUUGGCUGGCAUCUAUUUGAGGAACUACAACCUGAACAUAAAGUAG